GUCAACAUGUACAGUGUGCGACUGGGUGCCUGGCUUCAGACAGCAUCUACUGUGUGUAAAGUGUUUGCGCUGGUUACUAUCAUCGUUGCUGGGAUUUUACAUUUGUGUCAAGGUCAUACCGAGAACUUCAGAGACCCCUUCAGGACCACCAACCUGACUGCAGGAGGCGUGGCCAUGUCGGUCUAUGCUGGCCUGUAUGCAUAUGGCGGCUGGGAUAAUGUCAAUAUGGCCGUCGAAGAAGUCAUGAGACCCCACAGAACCAUCCCCAUCGCAAUCCUUGGUGGCCUUGUCAUACCGACCUUGACCUACAUUCUUGGCAAUAUCGCCUACCACGCUGUACUCACUAAUGGUGAAAUUCAGUCUGGGAUUGCGGUCGCUGUUGUGUUUGGGGAAAAAACCCUGGGAUUAUUUAAGUGGAUCAUUUUGCCAUGCGUGGCAAUAUCGGCAGGUGGAAUAGCUAACGCUGUUGUAUUCACGGCGUCCAGAAUCAACUUUGUGGGAGGCCGCGAUGGACUGUUUCCACGGUUCCUGAGCAUGAUCAGUGUACGGAGAAGAACUCCACAGCCGUCCAUCAUAGCACUGUUCGUACUGGCGACUAUCUUCGUAUGCCUGGGUGAUGUCAAGUCUGUGCUAGGGGCAUAUGCGUUCUUCAAGGCAGGAGGAGAAUGUCUCGCCGUCUCGGGAAUAUUCUUCAUACGACGGAAACACCCAGCUAACGACACUACCUACAAGGUCCACUGGCUGUUCCCUUGCAUCUACGUCAUGGCCUUUCUGGUGCUGUCCCUCACGGCCGUCGUGAACGACUCUGGCAAGUUCCUUACCCCCUUCAUCAUAAUGAUGCUUGCUGUCCCUCUCUACUACAUGUCGAGAAGUGGCUGGUGGAGGAGGGGCCAUCUCACCACUGUCAUUAGUAGGUAACCCUUUCCUCUUCAUGCGGGGACAUCUCACCUACAGUCAGUAGUAAGUAACCCUU